UGAUAUAGAUGAAGUCAACUAUUGGUGUUGUAUGGCUGCGCCUCUUUACCAGUGAAAUUAGAUUACUAGCUCUCUCACUCGCCUUCAUUCAUCACCCCCUUAUGGCUGACGCUCUCCUUUCUAUCGUCUUGACGCGCUUGGCUUCCGUUGUUGGGCAACAGAUUCGUGAUGAACUUACUCUGGUUCUGGGUGUUGAAGCAGAAAUCCAAAGCCUCACAGAUACGCUCCGAUCCGUCCGAGAUGUUCUUGAGGAUGCAGAGCGCAGACAAGUGAAGGAAAAAUCCGUCCAAGGUUGGUUGGAGAGGCUGAAAGACAUGGCUUACCAAAUGGACGACGUGGUGGAUGAGUGGAGCACUGCUAUUCUCCAAUUACAGAUCAAGGGAGCUGAAAGUGCGUCCAUGUCUAAGAAGGUAAGCUCCUGCAUUCCCUCCCCUUGCUUUUGUCUCAAGCAAGUUGCUUCUCGUCGUGACAUCGCUCUUAAGGUUAAGAGCAUUAAACAACAACUAGAUGUCAUUGCUAGUCAAAGAAGCCAGUUCAAUUUUAUCUCCAGUUUGAGUGAGGAACCGCAGCGAUUUAUAACUACCUCUCAACUUGAUAUUCCGGAGGUAUAUGGUCGGGAUAUGGAUAAAAACACCAUAUUAGGCCAUCUGUUGGGUGAGACUUGUCAAGAGACCAAAUCUGGGCCCUACAUCAUCUCCAUAGUUGGGACUGGAGGCAUGGGCAAAACAACGCUUGCUCAACUAGCCUACAACCACCCGGAGGUGAAGGCCCAUUUUGAUGAAAGAAUUUGGGUCUGUGUCUCCGAUCCCUUUGACCCAAUCAGAAUUUUUAGGGAGAUUGUUGAAAUCCUCCAAGGAGAAUCUCCUAAUCUCCAUAGUUUGGAAGCUUUACAACAAAAAAUUCAAACAUGUAUUGCUGGAAAGAAGUUCCUUAUUGUGCUAGAUGAUGUGUGGACUGAAAACCAUCAAUUGUGGGGACAACUGAAGAGCACUCUCAAUUGCGGAGGUGUAGGGAGUAGAAUUCUGGCGACCACACGUAAGGAGAGUGUUGUUAAGAUGGUGGGAACUACAUACACGCAUUCCUUAGAGGAAUUGUCUCAGGAGCAAGCUCGGGCAUUAUUCCAUCAAAUAGCUUUCUUUGAAAAGAGCAGGGAGAAAGUGGAAGAAUUGAAAGAAAUUGGUGAGAAAAUAGCAGACAAAUGCAAGGGCUUGCCACUCGCUAUAAAAACUUUAGGGAAUCUCAUGCGCUUAAAAAAUAACAAGGAAGAAUGGGAGAAUGUUUUGAAUAGUGAAGUAUGGCAGCUAGAUGAGUUUGAGAGAGAUAUUUGUCCUGCCUUGUUGUUGAGUUAUUAUGAUUUGCCCCCUGCAAUUAAACGCUGCUUCUCAUUUUGUGCUGUUUUUCCAAAAGACUCGGUUAUUAAAAUAGAUGAGUUGAUCAGGUUGUGGAUGGCACAGAACUAUCUCAACUCUGAUGCGAGUAAAGAGAUGGAGAUGGUUGGUAGAGAGUACUUCGAAUAUUUAGCUGCUCGGUCUUUCUUCCAAGAUUUUGAAAAAGAUGGUGAUGAUGAUAUAAUAAGAUGUAAGAUGCAUGACAUUGUGCAUGAUUUUGCUCAAUUUUUGACUAAGAAUGAAUGCUUUAUUAUGAACGUUGAAAAUGCAGAAGAAGGGAGAACAAAGACAUCCUUCCAAAAAAUUCGUCAUGCCACCUUAAUUGGCCAGCAGAGGUACCCGAAUUUUGUCUCCACUUAUAAAAUGAAGAAUCUACACACCCUCUUGCUUAAGUUUACAUUCAGUUCAACCAGUGAUGAAGCCCUGCCUAAUUUAUUCCAGCAUUUGACAUGCCUCAGGGCAUUGAAUUUGGCGCGGAAUCCUUUGAUUAUGGAACUUCCAAAGGCAGUAGGGAAAUUGAUACAUUUAAAAUACCUUAGUCUAUCAGAUUGUCAUAAGUUGAGAGAAUUACCUGAAACAAUUUGUGAUUUAUAUAAUUUACAAACCUUAAAUAUUAGUCGGUGUUUUUCUCUUGUGGAACUACCACAAGCAAUGGGUAAACUUAUUAAUUUGAGGCAUCUGCAAAAUUGUGGUGCUCUUGAUCUAAAGGGCUUGCCAAAAGGAAUUGCAAGAUUAAACUCUCUUCAGACAUUGGAGGAAUUUGUUGUAAGCAGUGAUGGUGAUGCUGAAUGCAAAAUAGGAGAUUUGAGAAACUUGAACAACCUUAGGGGGGAACUUGAAAUAAGAGGGUUACGGAAAGUGGAAGAUGCACGGGAGGUACAAAAAGCAGAAUUGAAGAAUAAGAUACACAUUCAUCAUUUGACAUUGGUAUUUGAUCUAAAGGACGGGACCAAGGGUGUGGCUGAAGCUCUACAUCCCCAUCCAAACUUGAAAUCUCUAUGCAUAUGGGGUUAUGGUGAUAUAGAAUGGCAUGAUUGGAUGAUGAGGUCAUCAUUAACUCAACUGAAAAAUCUUGAACUCUCACACUGCAGUGGUUGUCGGUGUCUGCCUCCGUUGGGGGAACUUCCUGUCCUAGAGAAGCUGAAAAUAAAGGAUAUGGAAAGUGUGAAACACAUUGGUGGCGAGUUUUUGGGAUCAUCAUCAACAAUUGCAUUCCCAAAUCUAAAGAAACUCACUUUUCACAACAUGAAAGAGUGGGAAAAGUGGGAAAUAAAAGAAGAAGAAGAAGAGAGGUCAAUAAUGCCAUGUCUUAGUUACUUGGAAAUCCAGAAAUGCCCAAAGCUGGAGGGACUACCCGACCAUGUCCUCCACUGGACACCGUUGCAGGAAUUUCAUCACAAAUUCUGAUAUUCUACAAUAACGCUACCAACAGGAUAUUGGAGAGGAUGGACAAAAAGUAUCUCAUAUCCCAAAAGUCAUAUAUGGAGGGGAGUGAAGAUCGAUCAUCACACUUCACUCUUGCUGCUCACGUUACAGUUUGGUCAUGCUUGGAUUUAUGGUCAUGGGAAGCAAAUUUUCUAGAACCGCAGCAAGUCUACCAUCUCCACUGGAUUUUCUGCUCAAUAAAUGUAAAAUGGUGAUGCAUGGAUGUAUAAUAAGACUAUUUUUGACAAUUGAUGGUAAUAAAUACUUUAUGUAAUCUUCUAUGGUUGUCUAGAAAUUUGAAGUUUUUCCCUUUA